CCCGAGCGUAGCAGGUAUAGAAGCGGGCUCGAGCGUCGCGUGCCCGUCGGCUGUCCACAGCGCAGUUUACCGAAAGGAAGUGGCGGAAGGGCAGGCGCGUGAAAGCGGGCAGCGGCGCAAAAGACGCCGCUUGUAGGCAGCGCACGGCGUCGCAACCGGACGCCGCACCGCGCCGCGGCGAAAGGCGACGCCGGUCGGAGCUGCGCCGCAGACAGCGAUCGCAGUCCGCCAGGGCGCCACGGGACAACCGCUCACUAGACUACACGCCCGACUCCCGACGCCGCGCCGCGGACAGCACACACGAUGCAGGUACAGAUUGGAGUACUGAUAUUAUUCGUUUUCUUCAGUGUGGUCGUCGCUGAUGAAGGUACCGCUGACAACGAACUGAGAGGUUCAGCAGCUGUCGGGCAGGCGCGGCCGAUGCUGCUUCCGAGGCCGGCGCUGAGGGUCCUGGAGCGGCAGCCGUGUUCCUGCGCCGCCGAGACCUGCGGCUGCUGCGCCAGCAUAGACCUCAGCUACAUCAACUUCAGCGAGAAAGGAUGUAUGAACUUCACAGUCGCACUGAAAGACCUCUCGGUUAAACUGGACUUGUUAGUAAAUGACAAGAGUAUAUAUCGGACUGGACUCUCAGCGCGCAACCCGCCGCCGCUGUGCGUACCGCUGCCGAUGCUGCCGGCGGUGGCGUUGUGCGUGCGCGUGUACGACAUCCACUGGGAGGACGGCGCGCUGCACGUGUGCGCCAACCUGGAGGCGACCGUCUUCUCGACGCCGGCUCUCGUCAUCCCCUUCGACUGCAUCCGGCUGGGUCCGGGAGGCGUCGACCUGGUGCGGCCGAGCGCCUCCACGUCGCAGUUCGGCCUCUUUCCGCACGCCCCCAGGGACCCUUCGCAGCGGAUCGCCGCCUCUCCGGCGCCCACCAGGAGGCGGCCGUGAACCGCCCACGUCACACCAACACCGACUCGGCGCUUGUUCGUGACGUCACGUCAGCUAGGCACGGCGAACGCCAUGUCUGUUGCAGGCAUACUCGUAACGGUGGUGUCUCCCUCCCUGACACAGGAAAAUGUGAAACUAUCGGCGGUAGUCGACCGACACACAUUGUUCUGAGAGAUUUCUGCAAUCAAUUAAUUGUGCAAUUCAUUACACUUCUUAACAAAUAGUGUAUUCCUGAGCUUAAAUUUCCACCUGUUUUAAGGAUUGACAUACAAAAACAUCAUGGUCCAUCAGCAACAGAAUUCGUGCUUCUUUACCUCAUUUGUAAAUCUGAGGAAGUUACGUUUGUACUGGGUUGCUUUUACAAGUAACUGUGAACAUAUUUGUGCUCUUCUUUAGGUAUCUUGGUUGACUAUGGGGUGAGGAGCACUGAAUGUUAAUGAAAUGGCUCUGAGCACUAUGGGACUUAACAUCUGUGGUCAUCAGUCCCCUAGAAUUCAGAACUACUUAAACUUAACUAACCCAAGGACAUCACACACAUCCAUGCCCGAGGCAGGGUUCGAACCUGCGACCGCACCAAUCGCGCGGUUCCGGACUGAGCCCCUAGAACCGCUAGACCACCGCGGCCGGCCUGUUAAUGAAAUAUCUUGCGAUUGUACACGUUGGGGGAGGGGGUGGGGGACAGAAGAAGCGGCAAAAGAGAGCUACUUGUUUUAUCAAAUAAAAUUUUUUUAUCUAAUAAAGUUUCUCCUUUCAGUUGCAAGAGGGGAAUAUUUAUCAUUUCUAAUGUGCAUGUUUAAAAAAGUUUAAGCUCAGCAGUAUUUUCGAUGUAUGAAGCUAUUUUGUUUCCUGUUUACAAUUCCUUUCGUUGGAAACCACUGUAAUCUAAUGACUGGCAACAGUUCGACAUUUACACAUGUAAAUUCAUUCACAUUUCCAGUGACGAUGUCAAACGAAAAUAAAUAAAAGAAACGAGGGGGUUGGGGUAAGUUUCGAUAACAAAAUGGAUCAAGUAAAUAUAGUCACUUGAAUGUAAAAUUUCCGAAGCUUCCAAUGGGGCAAACCGUCUCCUCAUGUUGAUUUACGUUUGUUUCGACAGGAUUCAGUAAUACAGAACUAUGAUCUUCAUUUGUAGCUUUACGAUAGUAAGAAAAUCUCUCGUCUAAAUAAAACUGCAGAAUCCAAAACAAUACCAAACAUUUUGUCCAGAAAUAAGAGAUUUAUAGUGAUAAGCACGCCCAGGCGUUUCAGCCUGCAACGGACCUGGCGUUCGCUGUGCCUAGCUGACGUGACGUCACCAACAAGCGCCGAGGCCUGCCUUUGACUCGGUGUUGGUCACACGCACGACGCACUGCCUGCGGAAUGACAUGGGCGCACCUACAGCUGGGAAGCAGCGCCAAGUGGACAGCUACAGUAGUUUAAAUAUUUAGUGUUGGACUAAUACAUGCAACAAGAAUUUCGAACCACCGUUAAAUGUUUAAGCGAAAAUAAAACCAAGAAAAGGAUUACUACAAAUGA